ACUGAGCAGCUGCAGGAGGCGGACCAGGGCCAGCGGUGCAGGAGCGGUCAAGGUUUUUGGCCACCUUGGGGCGGGUACGAUGGCGGAGGAGCCGAAGCGCGGUAGCGUGGAGUCCGAGCCUGGUUUUGAGGCAGUGGAGUCUACAGAAUCUAAGGUGUCUUCAUCGAAGACUACCGAUGUUGUCGCACGGUCAUCGAAGGCGGAGGACUAUAGUAGCAAGUGCGUGUUCUGCCGCAUCGCGGGGCAGCAGGAACCCGGCACAGAGCUCCUGUACUGCGAGAAUGAAGACCUAGUUUGCUUCAAAGAUAUCAGACCAGCAGCACCUCAUCAUUAUCUUGUGGUGCCAAAGAAGCAUCUUGGAAACUGUAGAGAGCUAAAGAAAGAUCACAUAGAACUGGUUGAGAGCAUGGUAACUGUUGGAAAAACCAUUCUUGAAAGGAAUAAUUUCACUGACUUCAAAAAUGCGAGAAUGGGUUUCCACAUGCCACCAUUCUGUUCCAUCUCCCACUUGCACCUUCAUGUGCUGGCGCCUGUCGAUCAACUUGGCUUCUUAUCAAAAUUGGUCUAUAGAGUGAAUUCCUAUUGGUUUAUCACAGCCGAUUGUUUGAUUGAAAAACUAAGAACAUGAAAAUGUCAACAGUGGAAGAUUCUCCUAAUCUUGGCUCAACAUAAACUAAUAUUUUGGUCCUUUUGAAGUCUGAUUACAGUUGUAAGGUUCGUUAGGUUUUAUGAGAGGCUAUUCCUGGCUAGCCUUAAAUCUUUUCUGAAUGUCUGUUUCCUGAGAUAUGUGAUACAAUCCCAUGGAUACUUCGUCAUUGACUUCUUUGUUUUAAUGGUUACUCAUUUAAGGUGUAAGAUACUAUAGGUA